AUGGCUUUCAGCGUGGUCUUCCAUCACGAUACUACCGAUCCGCUAGCGGUUAUCAGCGCACCACCCCCGAACGAAUCUUCACACGAGCAAGCCGCCAGGGAAGAACGGGAGAAUGAGGCUCAAAGAAUAAGUGAUCUCAUUGACGACGAAAUUCGCGCUGAACGAGCGGUAAGAAAGAAAGAAGAGAAUACAGUCAAGAUCCUACUGUUGGGUCAGAGUGAAAGUGGCAAAUCGACAACCUUGAAGAAUUUCCGCAUGCGGUUUGCCCGAGAUAGAUGGAUAGAGGAACGAGCGUCAUGGCGAGCGGUCAUACUGUUAAAUCUCGUUCGUUCUGCAAACACCAUCCUUGAUGCGCUGUCACAGGAGAUGGAUGAUGCUGACCCAGACGAACUCGAUGAUGCAUUCAAGUUCGACGAUUACUAUCGUCAAUAUAAAGUUCGCCUGAACCCACUGCAAGCAGUCGAGAGUAAUUUGAAAUGCUUGCUCGGUGCCACCGAAGAUAUCCAACCACGAAAACAGAUCUCCCCAACAACGAUCGCACCCAGCGGGUCGCCGGAAUUCUUUGUUCGUUCUCGGACUUGGCGUAACUUUCUUCAAGCAACCCGAGGUCCUGAUUUAUCGCGACAUUCCUUCCAGCAGGAUCUUCCCACUUUACUCGACAGCACAGAUGUGAUCGCAAAUGGCAAAGAUGACAUCAAGGCCAUAUGGGAGGAUAGUCGCAUACAAGCCAUGCUAUGGAGACGGAAGACCCGGCUCGAGGACUCUGCCGGCUUCUUUUUGGACUCAAUCGACCGAUUAUCGGCACGAGAUUAUGAGCCAACAGAUGACGAUGUCCUUCGUGCUCGAUUACGCACGCUUGACAUCCAGGAACACGAACUAAUAGUUGAUGACGAGACCGAUGCUCCGAAAUGGAAGAUUUUCGACGUUGGCGGCUCGCGCACACAACGUCACGCUUGGCUACCGUAUUUUGAUCAAGUCAAUGCGGUCAUAUUUCUCGCACCAAUCUCGUGUUUUGACGAGCGACUUGUCGAAGACCCCCGUGUCAACCGUCUAGAGGAUUCCUUCAUACUCUGGAAAGCGAUAUGCUCCUCCAAGCUUCUCUCGCGGACGAUCCUCGUCCUUUUCCUAAACAAGAUGGACAUUCUCGAGGAGAAAAUCAGACACGGCGUAAUGGUGAAGCGCUUUCUCCCCAGCUACGGCGACCGGCCAAAUGUGACGAAUGAUGUUGUCAAAUACCUUCGACAAAAGUUUAAAGACACAGUGAGGUACUGCUCUCCGGAGCCGCGGGUAUGUCAUAUAUACCCGACGUCCGUCAUUGAUACGAAGAGUAUGUCUGUGACACUGAUAUCUGUGCGGGAUGGGAUCUUGCGCGAACACCUGAAACGGGCGGAUUUGUUCUGA